AGAGUCAUCAUCAUUACGUUGUUUACACAGAGACGCAGACGCACGUUGAUGACGUAACAGCCUCUCAGCGCAAACAUGGCGACUGCGGUACCGGUGGUAGAAGAGGCUGAAGAUUAUUCCUUUUUACCCAUUAUUCACGACGUAAUAAAAUGCAUGGAUAAGGAAAGUCCAGACGUACAUCAGGAGCUGAACAAACUGAAGACGAAGAUUCAGGAGGCUCGGGAGCAGAUCUCAACCAUGCCGGGGAUCGACAUGAGUCCUGCGCUGCAGGAGAGCAGACUGCAGACCCUCAGAGAGCAGGUCCAGACCAAGAACCAGCUUCUGCAGAAAUACAAGAGCCUGUGCAUGUUUGACAUCCCCAAACCUUCAUGAGAGGAUGCAUGGAUGAACACACGAACACUUGUUUACACCGGAAGAGGCGACAGUGAUUCAGCCACGUUAUUUUUGUAAUUUUUGUGUAUAUAUAUAUAUAUAUAUUGUUUUUACUUUGGGCAUAGCAUUUGCAAAAUCAUGUGUUUUGUGUCGGUGAAUGGUUACUGUGUACUUUGUCAUAGUUUGUGCAUUAAAUUCAAUCUCUUGUUCGA